CUUCCAGGUUAAGGAAUAAAAAUUUAUCAAUUGAGAUGGAUACUCACGGUGGUGAAGGUAUCAACGCAGACGUGGUUCCCGCCGUAGAAGCCGCCGGAGCUUAUUUAGAUUUUGUAACUCAGACGCGAAAUGCCGAUGCAGCUGAUUGGCAAGGAGAGGUUUAGCAACAGUGAAAAUUCCAUCAUUGUGGUGCCUGCAAAUGAGUUUGUCUGAGUCUGGCAGACUGCACAACUGCCAGCCCACAAGAUGUCACAGCCUCACCAGCUAACUGAUGCUAAUGACCUAAUGAUGAGGCAGCAAAUGGGAAUGAAAACAGGAUUUUUACAGCAACAGCAGUCAGUUGGAUUUCAUCAUCCGCAAGUGAAGUCGGAAAUAUCUUCAGCUCAAACUUAUCAGGCAGUAUCUCCUCAGGAACAAAACCUACCUGCUGUGGAUGAAAGCAAGAACGGUGCAAAUGUGUCCUGGAAUUUUCAAUGAAGCUUUUACUAAUAAAUGAGGUGCGUGAAGCUCUGAUGAGGUUUCAUAAGUUGCAGGCUCUUCAAGAGCACAUUUACUCGUUAGUAUGAUCAUUUUUUGUUUUCCCUUUCUAAGGAUUAUUUCAAUUGGAAUUGUCUGGUCUAUCAUGUUUCAUGCAUGCCAUAGACUCUUUCCUUAUAGGACAUUUAACAUGAGCAUUUGCAACUGAUAUGUGGGACUAAUUUUGGGUUAGCAAAUGCUUAAAGCAUUUGACUUGAAUGGUCUUUUGAAUGAAAACCGUACUGAUGAUAAAUUUUUCUUGACAACUUGUUAUUUUCCCCUUAUGUUAGAAAAACUUAACAUAUAUCCCAAUUUAAUUGGGUGAAUCUAACUUUGUGCAUCAUAAUAUAUCUUUUCUUCAUAUGUUGCGCAUCAAAAGCUAUUAGACGGAAUACAUUUAGUUCGUGACCCUAAACCAAUCAAGAGUUGGCAAAUUAGGGGGUGACUGAAUGGUCAAUGGUUGGGGAGAUUGGGUGGGUGGAAGGAGACACUAAACUUAUAAUGUCUCUUAUGCAACUUGUUUGGCCUACUUUCAUUAGGGAAGUCAUUUUCCUCAUUUUUAAGGAACUUGUUUUCCUAUGGACUAUUUUCCGAACAUUACCAACCAAAUAUAAGAAAAUUGAAAAGCAUUUUCUAGAAAAAUGUUUUCCUCUAUACCAAGCACACCCUUAGUCAUAAUUUGUUGGUCUGAUGUAUUGAAGUGUUGUUGUAUACAAUAUAUCCUAUCAUAGACCGACACACAGAGUUUUGUUCUCAUAAGCAAUGGUUCAAUUAUUUAUUGAAGGUAUUCAAUGUCAAACUAGCUCGAAUAUAAAUUAGAUUUAUCAAGAUGAAUUGUCUUGAUUACACAAUCUGAAAACUAUGCUUUUAACUCAAACAUACAACUUUGUGAAUGCCAAAAUGCAUGUCGACAAUAAAUGCACAUGUGAUCAUCUUAUAGAUGCAUCUAUUUAAAAUAUCACAUGAGACGUGAAUAUGCUCACUUUCACUUCUUAGAUUUUCCAGGAUUUAGGGUAUUCAUUUCAAAUAUUAGUUACUUUAAUCAACUUAUCAUGAGAACAUACAACAUAAAAGAAUUUUUGAAGAAUCUUCUAUUUGUUCGACAUAUGUUGAAUACUUAAUAUGCAUAUCUUCAGAAUUCGAGAAUCGUAUGAGUACCAUCUAUAUUUUUUUUAUCUAAGUGUUUUAUAUAGUCGCACUUCCAUCAGGAAAAUAUAUGAAUUGUUAGUUUCUUCAAGGAAUUAAUAAAACAUUACCGUAGAAAUCAUUCAACAAGAUAUAUUUCCUUCUUCCGUAAAAUGAUAUUUUAAUAACAUAGACAUACGUGUCAUAUUGCAAUGACUUCUAUACCACAAAAACAUGUAUAUCCUUUUUUUAUUCUAUCUCUUCGUGAGAAGUUGUGGUGUCUCUUUCAUCCACUUCGGGGAAUGAAAUCUGAUUAGUUGAAUGUGCUUGAAAUACCAACCCCCUCGACCUAUUUUCAAACUUUAAAUAGAUAGGACGUCAAUUGCUUUGUUCAGCCGCACAUGGAAUCAAGAGCUUCAAGUGGGCCAUUUUUAGUAAGCUAAAGUGGCAAUGCGGGAUGAACCAAAAGUCGGGUUACGAUGCCAAACUGCGCGUUAACCUAGAUCCCUCAAAGGGUCUUGGUCGAUUAAGACAUAGAUCAUUAUUUUCCUUAAGUAGAAGACAUUGCUUAAGAGUAUUUCUCAUAUAUUUUUCAAACUUCUUUUGCUUUAGGAGAAAAUUUAGAAGUUUACUCCUUGGAGAAUGUAAUUUUAAAAUUUUACCACUUCCGGAGUAAAUUUCGAAGCUGUACUACUUCGGGAGUAAAGUUCAAAGGUCUGUUACUUCGAGAGUAGAUGCCUGAUUCUUGUUACUUUGGAACUUAGUUGCAAAGUGUUUACUAUUUUGGGAUUGAUUUUUAGGUUUGUCAUACCCCAAACUACCUCCCAGACGUGAUUGACACCUAGCACACACCAUCGGCCAUGUGAACCCAAUUACCAUACAUUCACCAUUAAUUCAUAACGUUUGAUGAAUUAAAUAAGUAUUCAAACAAUAUGAUAGAUAAUUAUGAACACUUGGUAUCUCAAAAUGUGAAUCUAACACUCUUGUGCAAAUCCCACGCUAAACCAAGGAGCAUCAAAAGGAAUCUCAAAAGGACUCGGAAUAUUAAUGAUAAUGACUCUUUUGAAAUCCCCCGCAAAUAAUGCAGUUGUUCACCUCAACAAUUAGAUCAACUCGAGCGGACUCAUCAACCUCGACGACCAUUUAUUCUGCCAAGCACAUGUUCGUCACAACUCAAGCAGACAAAACACAUUUUGAAAAUGGAUUUGAAAAGCAAGCACACAAAGCUUAAACUCACUUACCUCAAAUUCACAACUCAAUCAUUCUUUCCAUUAGAUCAUAACUACGAUCUCGAGUCUCAGGAUCACCUCAAACUAACACAAAAUGGGUUAAGAAUGGUUAGGAACCCUUCGUUGGAUGUUUUCUUAAUUUUAACACAAGUCAAAUUUGUGUUUAAAGAUUAACCCAAUAAGUCAACUCGGAUUAAUGAGUUAGAAUUCAAAACCAAUAAUAUUUUGAGCUAGCCAUACCUCGUAGGAUCCAAGUUUAUAAUCGAGUUUCAACCCUUGUUGUCAGAAUGAUGGAUCAAUUUCCAAUUUCAUUAACUUUCAAGCUUAGAUCUUAAUCGUAACUUUAUACCUCGAACAUAUCUCAAUAUCAUCAUUCAAGCUUAAUUAGUGAAUAUUAUGUCUAAUAUAAAUUAUCCUUGUCCCCGAAAUAAUAAUCAAAAUGUGUAUAAACACAAUGCUGAAACAAUAGAGCUGCAUAGCCAACACCGAUGGCUUAACCCCUCUUUCUCAAAAUAAUGUUUAAUCUCAUAAUUAUUUUCCAUAUGAUAUCAUCCAUCCUAAUCAUUGCAAUAUCACGUAGUACUUGAAGCUUUUCUUUUAAAUGUGUGAAGGACUAUGUUGUUGUUCGCCUGUACUUCCUACUUCUAGUUCCUUUAAGAAACUUGUAAUUUUAAGGCUUUGUCCAAUAACUGCAAAUUAAAUUAGUUCUCCAAUCUUUCCAUAAUAAGUACUCAUAAAAAUUAAUUGUUGGGUUAUUGCAGUUUUACUACUUUGUAAUAAAUUUUAGAUUUAUGACUCUGAGGUUAAAUUUAAGAUAUUUCUUUUUAAUUUUUCUACUUCUUCUAGAACACAACCAACAUUCUUUUAUUAGUGUGACAAUAAUCAUCAUCAUCGUGCAUAAAAGAUAAUCAAGCUAUGCAUGAACCAAAGUAUUCAUAUUAUUAAAUCAUCCCACUCAUCCAUAGAUUUCAAAUAACGAAAUCUUCGAUUCACAAUAUUUAUCCAAGAUGGCUGAGUCUCUUGCUGAUAAUGUGUAAUAGAUAUAAAGCAAAAGGAAGAAAAUACAGGAGAAACGUAGAGAGAAGGGAGAAAGCUUUUUAUUUCUCUUGAUGUAUAAAAUACAAUGAAUGAGAACUCCUUUAUUUACGAGGGAAAACUAACUCGAUCCCAAAGUAACUAACUCGCAACUAUUCUAUUAAUGUCCCAAAAUUUGCCUGAAGUUUGAAUUAUGUAAGCACUCAACUUCUUUAAUAUCUUUGUUAUCCCCAAUUUUCUUUUAUUCGUAACACCUUUAGAUUUCUCAGCUCAAAUGGGAAAUGCAAAUGGAGCUAAUUGGCAGAAAGAGGUUUACCAAAAGAUUAAGUCUACGACGGAGAUGUAUUUAUUAGAGCACAAGUAUAUAUACCUGAAAAUUGCUUCUAAAGUCCGGCAGGUACCAAACGACCCCUUAAAGCUAAAUCCAUUCUACACAUAUAAAACUCUUCUAAUCUAUCUCAGGUCAGAAAUUGAGAUGGAUUGGAAAAAUUGGAUGGCUGCUCAGACUUGGGAAGGUGGUUUAGGUGCUGGAGCUGCCGCCGGAAAUGUGUAUUCCAGUGAUUGGCGUAUUGGACAUGCGCCCUAUACUCGUCAAAGGAUUGUCAACCAAAUAUUGGAGGAAAUUCAGAGGAUUUUUCCUGUCUUUAGGCAUCAGAAUGUACAGGAACUUACGGAAAUUGCAGUGUUGUUUGAGGAAAAGACGUAUAAUGUUGCUACAAGUUGGUAUGAUUAUCUGUAUAGAAUAUUCUCUAAACUGCGUGGAAUGGCCCAUUAUUGUCAUAUCAACACUGAAAUUAGUGGUCAGAAUGCCCAUGGUCCAGGGAUGACAAUGGAAGCUACUGUCUAUGAAACUACUUCUGGGCCGGAGGAUAGUGACAAGGAAGAGGAUGAUGUUGUUGUAGAGGAGGUGGUGGGUACAAAGGAGCAAAACAAUGCUGUUGGACACAAAGACAAUGUCCGAGUUGUGGAGAAUGAGCAGGAAUCUAGCUCCAACAAAGUUGUUGGGAGGCCUUCUGUAUUUUUCAAGUAAAAUGAAGGAGAUCGGAAGGUGGAGCUUUUAUCAAACAGUGAGAGAGACAAAAAGAGAUGCAUCUUCAGUUGCUUUGAAUUUAUGAAUUUAUGAAUUUAUAUAACUUGGCUUGUUGAUUUUUAUGUCCUUUGAAGUUUUACUAUGGAUCUAGUUAUAUCUUAAGAGUACAAUUACCUUAAUGUUGCUUGAUAUAAUGUUGAAUGUUGAUCAACUAAAUUAUACAGUGAUUGUCAAGUGUCCUAAAACAUUUUU